AGUGUUUUCAGGAUCAGACAUUACUAUAUUCAAUCUUAACAUGUGAAACAUGUUUUUCUAAAACCUAGUCCACUUUCACCUCUGGCACAGGGUCAGCUUUACUAAGCUCAUGUUGCCCACAGCACAAACAGACUUGGCCCUUAAAAUUUGAAAAUAAUCUGUGACCAUUUAACAUUCUUCAAAUGCCUCUCAUACCCAGAGACCUCCCUCAGCAAGUACGUGCAGGCAGGCACUGAAUUGUGGUGAUUUCUGGGGUAGAAGGUGACAACCAGAUGGAAAAAAAAGAGCAUCCUGGAUAAUAUAGGAGAAUGGGAAUAUUUUUUGCCGAGUAUUCUGGACCUCUUCUUACACCUUCUUUGAUGCAAAAAAGGAGAAAAUGCACUGAUAUAUUUUGGUCUGGCAAAUUGGUAUCAGGCAGUGUCAGACACACAUUUAUGUCAGGAAAGUCCCUGAGCCCUGCAGCGUAGAUGAUGAUCGGAAUUCUUUAAAGCUGAGCACGGUUGUAACCAUGGCUUAUUUCAAUGUGAUCUCUGCUAUAAUUACUGCUGCAUCUUUGCUCCCCUUGCUUUCUCCUUCCCCUCACAUUUCCAGCUACAACUCCAAAGCCUUGUAGCGAUCUGGGAAAUCUCUUUCCCAGGCAACCCGACAGCUUUGGGAUUGCCCCCAGCACGAAGCUGCCCGCUCCCAGUCCCUUCUCCCUUCUCAGUUGUCCCUUCCCCCUCUCCCAAAUAUUUCUCCAGCCCUGUCUCAUUGGUGCACUACUCUCCCUUGCCUUUUUUGGGCUGCCAGCCUGUCAAUCUAGCGCAAUAAGGCCAGGGGCAGGUGCAAACCUCUUGCUCUGGCUCCUCUUACUGACCAAUCCUCAUCCCAAAAUACCCAAGAGCCAAUGGAGUGGGAAAACCCGGGACCCCGGCGAGAGGGAGAGAGGGCAAAGCUGCGGGACCGCCGGGGGGAGGGGGAACAUUUGGAUUCCUCCGGGGAUCGUGGUGACUCGUGGGUAGCAGGGCUGCUCUGCUGAUUCACUUCCAGCAUGGUGAUCAAAGUGUUUGUCGCCACAUCUUCGGGGUCCACAGCGAUAAAGAAGAAACAGCAAGAAGUCGUGGGCUUUUUAGAGGCCAACAAGAUUGACUUUCAGCAAAUGGACAUAGCAGGAGAUGAGGACAACAGGAAAUGGAUGAGAGAGAAUGUCCCGGGUGAAAAAAAGCCUCAGAAUGGAAUUCCCCUCCCUCCACAGAUCUUCAACGAGGAGCGGUACUGUGGGGAUUUUGAAUCCUUUUUCUCUGCCAAGGAGGAAAACAUUAUUUAUUCGUUCCUGGGCCUUGCUCCUCCUCCAGGCACAAAGGAGCCUGAAAAGUCUGAUGCCACAGAGGAGAAGUCUGAUGCCACAGAGGAGAAAUCUGAAGCCACAGAAGAUAAAUCUGAUUCCAAGGAUGAAAAGUCUGAUGCAACAAAUGAAACUGAGGCACACACAGAAGACAAGGGAGAUGAAGGGGCUCCUGAAGAGGCUCAGUCUGGCCAGACACCCCCAGAAGGUCAACAGGAAGGCGAGGAAGAACAUGCAGCAACAGGGGAAGAAGAAGAAGAAGAGCAGGGAGAGGGAGAAGAAAAGGAAGAGGUGGAGGAGCAGGAAGAGUCUUAGUACAGUUCCCUACAACACAAUAUUUCUUGAACAGGUUUUCAGGAAGCACCAGCUGGAGCCACCCCACCAAAGAAAAGAAAAUCCCUUUCUCAAGCAAAGCACCACUACCUUUAGUGCCUGUAUGAACAUAAAAACAGAACACAGCCACCACUCUGUCCCACCUGUAACCUUUAUAUAUAUAUUUGGUAUUCCAGUUGCUUGUUAAAAUGCAUCUCGUGUCUGACAGAUGGUAUUUCAGUCAAUUGUUAUGUGUUGGGAUAGUUUUGUCCAUGUCACAUUUAGAUUGUGAGCUCUCCAGGGCAGGAACCACGUGUCUCUUCAUGUCCAAACACUGCCAAGCACGUUGCUGCCACUCAGCAGCACUCACACCCCUGAUGUCUUCAGAGGAAAAGAAAUUCAUCACUGAAAACUGCAAAGAGGCUUCCUGUACACAAGCCAUGUGAGUCACUUCUCCCUCAGCUGGCAUUUGAAAAUGAUUGAGAUUCCCAUUGUGCAGCAGUUUAAAUAAAUGUGUUUUCUUGUCUGCUAAAGCAUUAA